AUGGAGAGGCAAAGAACUAUGGCUGCUCUAUUUGUGUCCGGCGGAAUUUACCUCGGGACACCGAACACUUUUGGCUUGCCUCUUCCUCCAUUUCAACCACAACUUAAGAAUAUGCUCUUCAACUCGGCUCUGACGACAGUUGACUACGAGGCAACAAAAAAGUGUCGGAGUGAGCAAAAAUUAGCAGCUAGUCCUUGGCCUAGUAUGAGUAUGCUAGUAAUAUGCUAUGUAACAUGGAUCUCGCUGAUGAGCACUUAG